AUGCCUGUCAACAAGCAAGAGCGAGUGGUCGACACUGACAACAUCCAGGGCAGCAUCUGGCCCCGCCUUCCCAAGUACUAUGAAUCCUUCCUCUUCUUUAAGAUCACCAAUAAAGAGAGGUUCAGGAUACACCUCAGAGAUAUCCUUGACAAUGGGGAGAUCACCACCGGCACUCAAUGCGAGGACCACCUGAAGUCAACUGGUGAGCUGGAAGAAGCAUGUGCCAGCUCCCGACGUGAUAUUCCCGAAGCAGACCGGAAGCCUUUUACCGCAGUGAACAUCGCCUUCACCCACAUGGGCUUGCUCAAGGUGGAACCUCCUGAAGUUGAAGCGAAAUUUUCCGCGACUCUGAAAAAGGAUCCAGAUGAUUAUUGCAGGGAUAGGAUCAACGAAGGUCUUUUUGAAAAAGGAAUGUUCGAUGACCUCGUCUAUGAAGGUGCCGAUAGUCCUGCUGCUUUGCAUCCGGACUUCAGGGCUCCUCCUGGAAACGAAACCAAGGAAGGCCUCAAACGUUGGGAGUGGCGAGUCGACGGUGUUUUCAUUGUCGCUGCCCACACUGCGAAAGCUGUGCGCAAGAAGGUUUAUGAUCUGGAGGAUGCCUUCAAUGUUGGGGAUGCCAAUCGGGCCAGUAUGAAGAUUGCCUUCAGAAGAGAUGGCCAACAGCGUCCUGGUGCAAACCGUGGCAAAGAGCACUUUGGUUAUGAGGAUCACAUCUCCCAACCAAGGAUUAAAGGCCUGGAUGAUCCCCCAGCCAAGGGUGAACCCCAUGCCUGUCCUCCUGGGUACAUCUUUCUGGGCCACAAAGGUGACCCGAAUAUGAAAAGAGGCCCGGAGUGGGCUAAGGAGGGCAGUUUCCUCGUCUUUCGUCAGCUCGACCAAAAGGUUCCCGAAUUUGAAAAGUUCCUCGAGGAGUGGGCACCGAAAGUCCCAGGGACCAACUAUAAGGGACCCAAUGGUCCUGCGAAGCUGGGUGCUCAUCUAAUGGGACGAUGGAAGAGCGGAGCCCCUGUCGCCAAGGCCCUCGAUGAGGACAAUCCAGACUUGGCAUUUGACAACAAGUUUGAUUUCAGACCCAAGAAGAGUAUCAAAGGUUGUCCGUUUGCCGCUCACAUCCGCAAGAUGCGUCCUCGAGCCGAUAAGAAACGUGAUGUUGGGACUGAAGAAGAUGGCGAUACUACGGAGCUUCCAGAGCCAGACAGUGACGAGUCUGACGCUGAAGGACAAGAGGAGGAUGCUAGUGUCAUCCUCCGUCGUGGGAUCACCUUUGGUCCUGAACUCACCGAGCAGGAAAAGCAGGAGAAGAGAACAAUUGAACAACGCGGGAUCUACUUUACGUGCUACCAGAGUCUUAUUCGGGACGGGUUCAACUUCCUCAUGACUCGCUGGGCGAGUAACUCGUCCUUCCCUGAGUACAAGACCAAGACUUUCCCCGACGGCCCUGGUAUGGACCCCUUUGUCAACCAGAGACUCCGAUCCGACCAUCCCGAGGGUCACAUCAGUUUAUAUGAUGGAAGCAAUCCGGACAAGACUGUUAAGCUUAAUCUUGGUAUCAGUCCGUGGGUUGAUCAGAAAGGUGGUGAAUACUUCUUCACUCCUUCCAUAAAGGCCUUAAGGGAGCAAUUUUCAGCCUCCGUUCCGGUCAAUUAG